AUGCCAAAGCAGCGGCACGGGAAACGCCUAGGCGCUCUUGAGCUAGAGCCUCGGCCUCGGCAGGAUCACCUGUACCUUGUCUUUGAUGACUGGUCGUUCGGAUAUACCAUCCGCAAGGUAAAUACGUCGAAUCGCUUCAAUCCCCCCGUGCAGCGCUUGCCUCGGCCUUUCUUCAAAUUGGAGGCGCCGCACGAGUCUCCGGAGUACUUCGCGUCAGCCUUUGGCACUAGGAUUUUGCUGAUGCAUCCCAGGGAUCCUGCGGGUCAUAACUUGUCCGGCAGCUUCUUCCCCAUGUUGGACGUCCGCUCGCGGAGUCUCACCUUUGGCCCUGGGCUCGAGUUUCCGAUUCAUCCCGUCUAUCUCGCCGUCGGCAAUAAGCUAUUCAUUAUUGCCGAAGCCUCUUUUGAGAUGCUCUACUUGGAUCCACAAUCUGGCUCCGAGUGGUCGUGGGAACUGCUCCCACAUCCGCCAUUCCAGAUUUACGACGUCUGCUCGUACGCUUUGUACGGACAUUCUCUCCUUGUGAGCACCGAGAACGAAGCCUUUGCUGCCACCUUCACCUUUGACACGGUAAAAAGUUCAUGGAAACAACUUGGCAAGUGGGUGCUGCCUUUCGAGGGUCGUGGUCACUUCGACCCUCACCUGGGCGCAUUUGUUGGGCUCUCGAAAGACCCAGACACCCUCGGCCAACUCAUUUGCUGCUACAUGCACACCUCCGACACUGGCCACACCCUUGAGUUGAAGCUCAGCAAGGAGAAGCUGUUCAGCGAGGACCCAGCCUUGAGGCACAUAGGCGCCACCCUUGUGUACAUGGAAAGCCAGAGCAAAUUCUGCCUCGUAGAAUGUGUCUCCAUUGUUGACGACAGUGCUGAUCAGGAGCUCAAGGAAGAGGAAGACCUGCCCCAAUCUGGCUGCUGUCUUUGUUGUUUGACUACAUUCUAUCUCUGUCAUGACAUGAAUGGAGACCCGACGACCGGCAGGAGCUGUAUGGUGCAGUACUACGAAGUGCCUAGAGCAACCUCUAUGUUGUUCCUCCAAGAUCCUGUUGCAUUUUGGAUGUAA